AUGCAUCUGAAGGAGAGGAAGAUAAGACGUACAACCCAGUUCGCAUAUAGUUUAUAUCGAAUCAAUGGUUUACCAAACAAAGGCACAUGCUACAGCUGGACCAAGGACUUCGACAAGUCGGAAUUCGACAACCGCGCAUGGGAUGCUGUCGAUGUGUCGGCACGUGAGGGAACGGUGCUGAGCUUCGACUUGGAUUUGGACUGGGACGAUGCUGCGCUGGGCAGGUUUGUAGGUGACGACCUCAAUUCCCAACUACCACCGGUUUUAGGUACUGAUCAAGUAGGCAUAGCGGUGGAGUUGUGUACAGUGCUAAACACAGUCUAG